AUGUCACAGCCUAGUGAGCCCACAUAUACCCUUGCUACAGGUCGCCCUACUUUUAAAAUAGAUUGGGCCUCACUGCAUUGUCAAAAGCACCUGAGUACUUCUUGGCUUGUUUUAUCACGAGGACUGUUCUCCGGCAUUCCCUACUUAAACGUCAUAACAUUAUAUCCUGAUCCCUUUAACUUUCUCCAGGGACAUCUUUUAUCAUUUUCUGCUUUGCCCGUUCUUGAUUUUCCAACCAUGUCGUCCGACUCGAACAGUUCUAAGUCGAUAUUUGCGAAGCCGCCAGUCAAGAUCACCGUGGGCAGUGACGAUCGUGUUUACUACGUGCACCGUGGGACACUCGAGAUCCACCCCGCGUUCGAUGCCCGACUGAAGGCGUCGACUGACGAAUACGAGGACGCGAUUGAUUGGAGCGGUUUUGACGAGCAGACCAUUGAUUGUGUAUUGAGGUUCCUUUACACUGGAGGCUAUCAGGUGCCUCAAGCGACCUCUGUGGCAGUUGAGGAAGAUGAGGCAGAUGCGGGGGAAGAGGCCCGAGCGCAAGACGGAGAAGAAGAACAAGAACGACAGGAACAGGAAGAACAAGAAGAAGUAGUAGGUAAUCCAGAGGAAGCAGAUGAAGGAAACGAAACACCGUCGCCACCAGAAAGCCCCCAGUCACAACCUUCAUGGCCACAGUCCCCAACUCCAAUAUUUCGUGCACAUGCAAGGUCACUGUCACCAGUUACAGAGUCCUCCAUAGCCCCAGACUUGCCACCAUCCCAUGCCCUAUCAGAGUACGACCUAAAUGACCGACCCCUGACUCCUUUGGAAUACCUCUAUAGAGUCACUCCGACCACAGAGCACACUUCAAUGCGAAAGGUCCCAGACCACGAGAAGCAAGACCAAGAUCAAGAAGAAGAGCCAGAACAAGAAGCCGAGGGAAACAACGCUGCUGAGAUUUAUCUCCACGCUAAAAUCUAUUCCUUCGCACACCAACUCGACUUCGCAAAAUUGGAGAACUUUGCUCUGAGUCGUCUGGCCCAGGUCCUUGUUGCCCUGGAGGAAACAGACAAGGCCCUAUUCCCAUACUUAGUGGAUGCAAUCAGAUUGAUCUAUAGAACCACCGGUACUGUUGAUGAUGCGCGGAACUUGCUAUCUCAGUUUGUCGCACUGCGAUACACCACUCUGGUUGGUGAGGGCUUGGACGAACUUAUCACAGAGGGAGGAGAGUUUGUGGUUGACUUGUCGCAUAAGCUUGCUCGGAAGCUGACAACCAUAGCAAUGGCAUUUAAGAGGGUUGAAUAUCUUACUCAUAAAAAUGAGGAGUUGAAGGCAGAAAGUGCAGAGAAAGAUAAAGAGCUGAAGGCUUUGAGAGAGGAGGUUAGGCAUGGACCGGCACAUGGGUUUCCGGCUUUCACGUAUCAGAUUCGAAGUUGA